AUGGAGAAGGUGAACAUCGAGCCAUGUGUGAAGAUGGACACCCAAACCCUUGAUCUUCUCAAGAUAAGAGAUGAUGUCACAUGGUACAUAAGGAAGCUAGGCUUGAGCAAGCUCUUCAAGCUAGAAUGUAGCGAUGCCAAUGGGCGCAUAUCCAUCUCAGCUCUAUGCCAACUCUUUGGACUUCCCAAUGAGACAGCACAUGACUUCAAGGAGAACUCAAAGAGGAAACAAGCUGCCUUUGCUGAUUGGACACACUUUGCCAAUGAACCAUUCUUGCCUUCAAGGUCAAAGGUGUCUAGAAUCACUCAUCCAGCCAUUCGCUAUGUGCACCGCCUCAUCUCCACCACUUUCCAAUGCAAACAAGAAGCCAACAAGGUCACAACUGAUGAGUUCUACAUCCUCACCACACCAUUCAUCAAGCAUGAGUACAAGGCCAACCUUGGACUUUUACUUGCCAAGACAUUCAUCAAUGUGAGGAAGCUAGCUCAAGACUUGGAAGGCAACAAGAAGCUUUGUGUUCGUUUUGGGAGGCUUAUCACGGCCAUAGUACUGCAUGUGGGGAUUGACAUUCCCAACUAUGAGCCACUACCCAAGCCAACCCCUUUGGAUCUCCAUGCUCUUCAGCACAUCCACUUCCUAAACCGUUGGACUAAAGACCCAACUCGCCUACGCUCAGGAGUUGUCACUUUCCAGCCCAAUGAGGAAGAGUUCUAUGUUCCAUCAAGUGAGAAACCAUCAUUCCCCAUGCUCACCUAUCGCACACUUCAGCAUGCAGUCAAGACUCAACGCCGCAUCCAAGAACGCCAUGUUCUCACUACUGGCAUGGCUGCGCACCAAGCUCUAGACCGUGUUAACAAGCUGGAGAAGAUAGUGGAAUGCCAAUCUCGCUUCAUCUCACGCCUAGUCCGCGUAGUUCGCCACAUUGCACCGGAGAGACUCUUUCGCCCUUCUUCCACCGCUAGAGAGCCAUAUGAGCCUGACCUUGGUGAGUUCUCACUAGACUCAGAGCUUGGUUCAGAAGGCGAUGACCCCAUAGAUGAGGAAGAGAGUUCUUCUCACUGCCACACAUAG